GAGGAAGGAAGUGACGUUCAUUUGCGCAUGCGUGGACUGAUUGUGUCGUAGUGACAGGCGUUGUUGUUGUUGUCACUUAUGAUUAUGGAUGUUUUUAAACUGUGCGUAGGCAUUCAUGUCGUGUGUUAGAGUAAAUCAUCCCUAAUGAUUUUUUGUAUCCGGAUACAUUUGGACUAAGCACGCGUUGACUUAGCUUGCUAGCUGCUAACAAAGAAAGCCAGAAGUGAUCAAAAAGACAUCGCUACGCAGAGAUCAAAGUGUGAGUGUAAAGUGUUGUGAUUGUGUCAAAAAAUGUGCGAAAGAACGAUUGUGGAGUACGAGGGGGAACAUUCUCGAACAAAAGAAGAGAACAAGCAACAACAUGAAUUGAACGCUGUUUUCAAGACAAAUCAAGUUGUGUCACACACAGAAGACAUUGGUGAAGAACAUCACCCCCCUGAGCAGCAAGAACGUAGCUUCAGAGUGGAGCAGAAGGAGCCACAGCCCCCCCACAUUAAAGAGGAAGUUGAGGAACUCCCUCACGUCAAAGAGGAAGAGGAGGAACACAGCAUCAGUCAGGAGGGAAAGCCUCCUAAAGGACUGGAGGACGUUGAUGUCACCAAGUUUUCAGUGAUUGGUGUCAUUGUGAAGAGUGAAGGCGAUGGUGUAAAUGAAGAGACGAGACAGGAGCUUCUGUUUGCAGGCUCCACUACUCAACACAUGACAACAGAAGCUGAUGGAGACAACAUCGAAGCAUCACAAGCAGCCAUCGUAGCUCCACUAUCAGAUAAUGUUGACACAAUGUCACACUCUUCUGACACUGAUGAUGAAGACUCUAAAGCCGAAAUGUUAUAUCACACUGACAACAUGUCUUGGAAAUGUUUUCAGUGUGACAAAACCUUUAGCAACAAGGGAAAUCUCAACAUGCACAUGAAGAUCCACUCAGGAGAGAAAACCUUUUCAUGCUCAUUUUGUGGUAAAACAUUCUUUCAGAAGGCAAAUUUGACAGCACACACUAGAACACACACGGGAGAGAAACUUUUUUCUUGCUCCGUGUGUGGUAAAAGAUUUUCUAAAAAUGAUGGAUUAAAAAGACACUCAGGAACACACGCUAGAGAGAAACAUUUUCUCUGCUCGGUGUGUGGUAAAAAAUUCUCUAAAAAAGAUGGUUUAAAAAGACACACCAGAAUACACAAUGUUGAGCAACCUUUUUUCUGUUCAGUGUGUAACGCACAUUUUGAUCACAGUUCUGUUCUGGCUCAACACAUGAGAGGGCACACUGGAGAGAAACCUUUCACCUGCUCAGUUUGCGGUAAAGGAUUCUAUCAUAAGUCACAUUUUAAGGAACAUACCAGAAUACACACCGGAGAGAAACCGUUUCCUUGUUCGUUGUGUGGUAAAAGUUUCUCUAAAAGACAUGGUUUAAACAGACAUACAAAAACACACACUUGAGGAAAAAAACACAUUUUUUUUAUUUUAUGAUCAGCGGUUCUCAAAUAAGAUUGUGUAUUUUUUACAUAUCCGACACUAGUGUCGAAUCAAACUCUACUUUAAAAAAGGUAACCAUAACACAAGUUAUGUUUAAAAUUAAAUGUAUAUUUUUUUUUUUUUACAAAAUGUGUGAAAUUCAAGUUGCCAUGAUUGUCAUUUAAAUGUUUAUUUAAUAAAAUUUAAUAAUUGAAUAAUA